CCCUCAGUGCACAGAGAACCUCCUCGUCUGAGGGGACGCGAGGCAAAAGCCCGGUCCUCGCCGCCGCCGCCGCCGCCGCCGCCGCGGUCGUCGAGCCAGAGGCUGACAAGCCAGCGGGAGGAGAAGCUGAGAAAACGCGCCCCGGCGAUUGCGAGCUUCGGGGGAAGAGGGGUGUCGGGAGUCACCGAGCCGAGGGAGGCUUCCCGCCUCGCACCUCGUCCACCACCUCGCCGCCCAGCCUCCGGACCUGCUCAGAUUCUGCCCCUCUUUUUUUUCCCUCUCUCUCUCCCCGCGUGUGGAGGGGAGCCAGCGCUUUAGGCCCGAGCGAGCCUGGGGGGCGCCGCCGGCCGCGAAGGCAUCAUCGCGGCCACCGAUUCGCCAUGGAGGGCGCCGGCGGCGCGGACGAGAAGAAAAAUAGGAUAAGUUCUGAACGUCGAAAAGAAAAAUCUAGAGAUGCAGCCAGAUCUCGACGAAGCAAAGAGUCUGAAGUUUUUUAUGAGCUUGCUCAUCAGCUACCACUUCCCCAUAAUGUGAGCUCACACCUUGAUAAGGCUUCAGUUAUGAGGCUUACGAUCAGUUAUUUACGUGUGAGGAAACUUCUGGAUGCUGGUGAUCUUGAUGUCGAGGAUGAAAUGAAAGCACAGAUGAACUGUUUUUACCUGAAAGCCCUGGAUGGCUUUGUCAUGGUGCUCACAGACGAUGGUGACAUGAUUUACAUUUCUGAUAACGUGAACAAAUACAUGGGGUUAACUCAGUUUGAACUAACUGGACACAGUGUGUUUGAUUUUACUCAUCCGUGUGACCAUGAGGAAAUGAGAGAAAUGCUUACACACAGAAAUGGCCCAGUGAAAAAGGGUAAAGAACAAAGCACACGACGAAGCUUUUUUCUCAGAAUGAAGUGUACCCUAACUAGCCGGGGGAGAACUAUGAACGUAAAGUCUGCAACGUGGAAGGUACUUCACUGCACCGGCCAUAUUCACGUGUAUGACACCAGCAGUAACCAGCCUCAGUGUGGGUACAGAAAACCACCCAUGACGUGCUUGGUGCUGAUUUGUGAACCCAUUCCUCAUCCAUCAAAUAUUGAAAUUCCCCUAGAUAGCAAGACUUUUCUUAGUCGGCACAGCCUGGAUAUGAAGUUUUCUUACUGUGAUGAAAGAAUUACUGAGUUGAUGGGAUAUGAGCCAGAAGAACUUUUGGGCCGCUCAAUUUACGAGUAUUAUCAUGCUUUGGACUCCGAUCAUCUGACCAAAACUCAUCAUGACAUGUUUACUAAAGGACAGGUCACCACAGGACAGUACAGGAUGCUUGCCAAAAGAGGUGGAUAUGUGUGGCUUGAAACUCAAGCAACUGUCAUAUAUAACACCAAGAAUUCUCAGCCACAAUGCAUUGUAUGUGUAAAUUAUGUUGUGAGUGGUGUUAUUCAGCACGACUUGAUUUUUUCCCUUCAACAAACAGAAUGUGUCCUCAAGCCAGUGGAAUCUUCAGAUAUGAAAAUGACUCAGCUGUUCACCAAAGUUGAAUCAGAGGAUACAAGCAGCCUGUUUGACAAACUUAAGAAAGAACCUGAUGCUUUAACUCUGCUGGCUCCAGCUGCUGGAGACACAAUCAUAUCUUUAGAUUUUGGCAGCAAUGACACAGAAACUGAAGACCAACACCUUGAGGAAGUUCCAUUGUAUAAUGAUGUAAUGUUCCCCUCAUCUGAUGAAAAAUUGCUGAAUAUAAAUUUGCCAAUGUCUCCAUUACCUGCCUCUGAAACUCCAAAGCCACUUCGAAGUAGUGCUGAUCCUGCACUCAAUCAAGAAGUUGUAUUAAAACUAGAACCAAAUCCAGAGCCCUUGGAGCUUUCGUUUACCAUGCCCCAGAUUCAAGAUCAGCCAGCAAGCCCCUCUGAUGGAAGCACUAGACAAAGUUCACCUGAGCCUAGCAGUCCCAGGGAAUAUUGUUUUGAUGUGGACAGUGAUAUGGUCAAUGUAUUCAAGUUGGAAUUAGUAGAGAAACUUUUUGCUGAAGACACAGAAGCAAAGAAUCCAUUUUCAACUCAGGACACUGAUUUAGACUUGGAGAUGUUGGCCCCUUAUAUACCAAUGGAUGAUGAUUUCCAGUUACGUUCUUUUGAGCCAUUGUCGCCAUUAGAAAGCAGUUCUGCAAGCCCUCAAAGUGUGAACACAGUUAAAGUAUUUGAGCAGAGUGAAAUACAAGAACCUACCACGAACAUCACCACUGAUGAAUUAAAAACAAUAACAAAAGACAGUAUGGAAGACAUUAAAAUAUUGAUCGCAUCUCCAUCUAAUAUCCACAUACUUAAAGAAACUACCACAACAACAUCACGUUACAGUGGUACUCAAAGUCGGACAGCUUCACCAAACAGAGCAGGAAAAGGAGUCCUAGAACAGACAGAAAAAUCUUAUCCGAGAAGCCCUAAUGUGGUAUCUGUCACUUUGAGUCAAAGAAAUACUGUUCCCGAGGAAGAACUAAACCCGAAGAUAAUAGCUUUGCAGAAUGCUCAGAGAAAGCGAAAAAUGGAACAGGAUGGUUCGCUGUUUCAAGCAGUAGGAAUUGGAACAUUACUGCAGCAAUCCGAUGACCGCGCGGCUCCUACAUCGCUUUCUUGGAAACGUGUUAGAGGAUGCAAAUCUAGUGAGCAGGAUGGGGUGCAGCGAGAGACAAUUGUUUUAAUCCCCUCCGAUUUAGCAUGUAGACUGCUUGGGCAAUCGAUGGAUGAGAGUGGACUGCCGCAGCUGACCAGUUAUGAUUGUGAAGUCAAUGCUCCCAUUCAAGGCAGCAGAAACCUUCUGCAGGGUGAAGAGUUACUCAGAGCUUUGGAUCAAGUUAACUGAGCUUUUGCAAAAAUCUCAUUCCUUUUUUGUUUUGGGGUUUUUUUAUUAUUUUUUUGGACACUGGUGGCGCAUUACCUAAAACAAUCUAUUUAUAUUUUCUAUAUCUAAUAUUAGAAGCCUGGCUACAAUACUGCACAAACUCAGUUCAUUUUUUAUCCCCUUUCUACUUAAUUUACAGUACUCCUCCUUUUUAAUAUGUUCUUUUAAUGCCAGAUCACAGCACCUUUUCACAGUUCCUUGGUAUUGAAACCAUUGCAUUGCAGUAGUAUCAUUUAAAAAUGCACCUUUUUAUUUAUUUAUUUUUGGCUAGGGAGUUUGUCCCUUACCGAAUUAUUUUUAAUGAAAUGCCAAUAUAAUUUUUUAAGAAAGCAGUAAUCUUUCAUCAUGAUCAUAGGCAGUUGACAUUUUUUACUUGUUUUUUUUUUUCACAUUUUACAUAAACAGUAAUGCUUUGCCAGCAGUACAUGGUAGCCACAAUUGCACAAUAUAUUUUCUUAAAGAAGACCAGCAGUUAGUUACUCAUGCAAUAUAUUCUGCAUUUAUAAAAAUAGUUUUUAAGGAGAACUUUUUCUUUUGGCCUAUGAAAUUGUUAAACCCAGAUCAUGACAAUGUUAAACCUUAUUACAAUGAUUCUUAAAUGCUGUACGGUUUAUUAUUUACUUGGGUAAAGCCAUUUACAUACAUAGAAAGAUAUGCAUAUAUCACGAAGGUAUGUGGCAUUUGUUUGGAUAAAAUUCUCAAUUCAGAGAAAUGAUCUGAUGUUUCUUUAGUUACUUUGCCAGCUCACAAAACAGUAUCCUAUGUAGUUGUGGAAGUUUAUGCUAAUACUGUGUAAUGAUAUUAACUAAAUGUUCUGCCCACCUUGUUGGUAUAAAUACAUUAUAAGCAGAGUGUAAACAAAAAAAAAUCAUGCAUUGUUAGUAAUAUUGCCUAGUUUGUUAAUUUGUUCAAAAUAUGAUGUUUGGUUUUAUGCACUUUGUCGCUAUUAACAUCCUUUUUUCAUAUAGAUUUCAACAAUUGAGUAAUUUUAGAAGCAUUAUUUUAGGAAUAUAUAGUUGGUGUAGUGAACAUCUUGUUUUUUCUAUGGACAUUGUACAAAUGUUUCCUUCCUUCACUCUUUGUGGUUGGGUCUAACACUAACUGUACUGUUUUGUUACAUCAAAUAAACAUCUUCUGUGGACCAGG